GGCCGUCGCCGCCUCCUCCCCCUCCUCCUCCUCCUUCUCCUCCUCCUCCUCUUGCCAGCUUCAGACGCCCGGACUGCGGGAGCCAUGGAAGUCUCUGUAGAGACCACCUUCCAACAAGAAAGGCUUCAGGCCAUUGCGGAGAAGAGAAAGAGACAAACUGAAAUUGAGAAUAAACGGCGGCAAUUAGAAGAUGACCGGCGGCAACUGCAGCAUCUAAAGUCCAAGGCCCUACGGGAGCGAUGGCUGCUGGAGGGGGCCCCCCCCACUGACUCCCAGGAGGAUGAGGUGAUGAAGAAGCAAAUGCAAGAGGACGAGCAGAAGGUCAAACAGCUGGAGGACUCCAUCCUGAGGUUGGAGACUGAGCUUGAGGUCCUGGAGACGGGAGACUCGGCCCCAGUUACCAAGGAGAACGUGGUGGUCUCUGCCCCAGCCCCAAGUCCUGUGAAGGAGGAGAGGAAGGAAGAGAAGAUUCUUAAUUCCCAGAAGACCCCAGUGGCCUCCCCCAGAGAAAAGAAAAUCAUCACCAGCAGCCCCAUGAAGGUGGUAGAAGGCACGGAGAUGAUGAAGGCAGCCAUGUACUCUGUGGAGAUAACCGUGGAGAAGGAUAGGGUGACUGGAGAAACCAAGGUUCUGUCCAGCACCACCCUGCCCCCGCAGGAACCCUUUCUGCAAGGGGUGAAGGUGUAUGAGGACGAAAUGAAAGUUGUUCACGCAGUGGACGGUGCCACGGAGAACGGUGUCCACCAGCUGAGCUCCUCGGAGGUGGACGAGCUGAUCCACAAAGCUGACGAGGUGACGCUGAGCGAGGUGAUGGUGACGGCAGCCCCCGAAGCCCAGGGGACCCCCGAGGCAGCCAAGCCCACCCCCCGGCGGGAGAUUACGGGCGUGCAAGCGCAGCCUGGCGAGGCUGCAGCCACCGAGGCCAGUCAGGAGCAGCCGGUCACCAUGAUCUUCAUGGGCUACCAGAAUGUGGAAGAUGAGGCGGAGACCAAGAAAGUCCUGGGCUUGCAGGAUACCAUUAAGGCCGAGCUGGUGGUGAUCGAGGACCCGGCCCCCCCCAACGGGAGCGCCCAGGAGCCGUCGGCCACCGCCACCCCCUCUGCCCCGGACACCAAGGAGGAGAACCAGGCUGGGGAGAAGCCCGGCCUCCAGAGCCAGCCAGUUGAUGUCACGGCCAGCGCGGACAAAGACCUGGAUAUGAAGAAACAGCGCUGUCGGUGUUGUUCUGUGAUGUGAGGCCCCCGGGGCCUGUCCCCUGGCCCCGAUGCCGCCUUCGAGCCACUCUGUGCCGUACCCUGCUGGCCAAACUGCCACGGCCCAGCGCCCUCCCACCCACCCGGACGACAGCGCCCUCACACUCACACUCACACUCUCACACACACAGUUUCACUGACAUGGACGGCUCCCGUUUCCCUGCAACAACAUCCAUGUCCAGGAAUAAAUGUCCCUGCCCCCUUGCACACACCGAGACAUAGAGAUGGAUGCCCAAGAACUCUGACAGAGACGCUCCCCUUCGGUCGCACUGAGGAACAUUGUACGCAGGGACCCAGGACUAGAUCACACAGACGUACAGCGAUCUCUCUCACACACGGACAUACAACGAUCUUUCUCACACGGACGUACAACGAUCUCUCUCACACACAGACACACGGACGCGCUUUAGACACACAGACAAGGGCAUCCACACGGACACACAGACAUCCAGACAGACCGAUUCAACGACACGGGCCCCUAGCUGCAGUUCUUUCCCCUCCUUCAUUAACAAGGACGUGGCUGUGCGGUUUGUAAGGAGUCCCCCACCCUGCGCCUGAGCCCUCCCGGGCCAUCACAACCUGGGCCCGCCUUCCGCCGCGGGGGGCACGCAGGCCUGCGGGAGGACUCGGGCCUGUGGGAGGGCUUGGGGCGUCUCCUUUUCUGUCCCGAGUGCUGCCCUCAGAGGCAGAAGAUGCGGGCUCCGAGCCCGGCUCUGCUACUUAAUCUGGGACUUUCAGCAAGUGGCCUCCCCCAGCCUCGGUUAAUGGAGAAUGAGGCCCUGGGGGAGGCGGCCUUCCAGCUCUAGAUCUCUGGUUCUGUCCUUGGAGGAAGACGGAUGGGUCGAGUCUCUCCCACCUGUCCCACGCAGGGGAGGGCCCUGGAGGGAUGGAGGCCAUAGAAGCAUCCAGCUGGCUCUGAGAGGCGACCCCGUUGGGAGGCUGUCCCCAGCUCUGUUGCUCUGAAUGGAUCAGCACUUGGCAGUGGGGGCUUCCUCCCAGGGUCCCCCGGAGCUCCUGAAGAGCUAGUCUUACUUGGUCCUGCUUAUUGGGGGGGGGAAGCAGAACUUUCUGGCACUUGUGAACCCGGAACCAGCGGAGGAAGGCGAGGUGAACCAGAGCUGAGACUGCAGGAAGCUGCGAGUGAUGGGGAAGGGUUCUUCCUUAGACACGCUCCUGGCAUGGACUGGGGGGGGGUCUGUUUGUUCAGUGAAAAUGGUCCCCUUUCCUCGGCCUUGGUGGAGAGACUCCCAGAGCUUUCACUGUCUUGAAUUUUGUGUGGUAAACUUUUGCUCUAGAAUGUAGGGACAUUGUUGGAGAUGCUGCUCUGAACUUGGGCCCUCUUCAGGUACAGAGGCUGGGUCUAGAACCCGCUGACGAGCUCCGUGUGGGAGUCCACUCCCCACAGGGGAUAAGACCCAGGCCUUCCAGGGGCGGGCUGCUGAGGUGAUCAGCUUGGACCCAGCCUGUCCUCAAAUGCUAGGGACCAGAUUAGGGUGAGCCAGGUGCAGUUGGGAUGCGGGAAAGCCCCCCUGCAGUACACCUCGGUGGCACUGGGAGCCCCUUCCUCUUCAGAGGAAGCAGAAGGUUUGGGCGACUUCUCGCUAGAGGCUCUUUGUGGACGUGGGUGCCCUAGCAUGCUUCUCCCCAGCUGACCAUCCCCCUCCGCCCCUUGAUCCCCUGGGCCCUCUCCAUCUGGUGCUUCUCUCUUUGGCUGAGCCAGGCCCGGGGUAGGAGGGGACUUGAUUGGAACUUGCCAGAGACUGCCCCGUUUCCCUCCUGUGCCAUCUUCUAUCUGCUCUGCCGGCCAGCUUGGGUUUGCUAGGGAACACAAGCAUGUCCCCUCGCCCUUGGCCCAGAGCGGUCUAGCAAGACCUGAAGUCUUGGAGCUGGGCCCUCACUCGCAGGGCCCAGGGCCAGGCCCAGGCCCAGAUGCUCUCAGUAAGCCCUUCUCUGGAGCAGUCUGGCCCGUCUCCCUCUCCUGGCCCAACAGCCCAGCUCUCACUGGGCUUGCUUCUGGAUCAGGCCAUGUCCCUGAGGGCCAAUCCUGGCCGGCUUUUGGUCAUUUCUUUAGUGGACCACGGAGCAUGGGGACAAAGCCACCCCCCCAUCCCUGCUAUUGCCCGAGCUACACUACCAGGAGGAGCACCCCUUCCACGCCCAUGACUCCCUGGUCCAGUAGUCCCCAGUUUUGUGAAUUCUAAAAGCUACAGGCUAGACCUCGGUGCCCAGGAAAAUUGUGUUCUAGGGAGUGUGGAAGUGCUUAGAAAGGGAAGUCAAUAAAGUGGUGGUCACUGGGAGCCAGCAUGAGUCCAGCAAGAUGAAGUCUGGCCUUUCCUUCUUUGAUAGAGUUGUUACUGGAUGGGUUUGAGAUCUCCCUUAACCAUGCUGGUUUGGCAGUCCUGACUGGUGUCCCAUGUGGUAUGAGUAGGGUAACAUAAGGAUUUCAAUACUUAGUGAUAUUUUUCCCUCCAAAAUAUUAAAUAUGAAAUUAUGUAUGUACCCGGGAUACUUGUGUGGCAGUUUUUCAGUAUGAAAAUGGACAUCAUUUCCUCUUAUUCUGAUCCGGUAUUUUCCUCACUGCUGCCACCGUCUCCCCCCUUUCCCAAUUCUGGAUAUGUGCUAGAAACAUUGCCCCCCACCCCCAAAUGCUUAGAGCCAUCUCUCGAACCCAAAGGUGUCUGGUAAUGAGUUUGGGUGCCCUCUUCACACACAUUGAAAUGUAUACACAUACAUGCUUGUGUGCACACACGCCUCUACCCCGAUCCAUGCUGGCUUUGACCUUCCCACCCCCGGCUCAGUGCCAUUGAUUGGCCCAGCCCCUGGGGGCCAGCAUGGCCAGGCAGGUCCCUGGUAUGGGAGGGGUACAGCACCCCCAAUGCCUUUCUGCUCCCCCAUCAUGGCCUGGAGACCAGAGCAGGGAGGGAAGGUGUGGGCGCCCUUGCACCUCCCUUCCUUGCUUAUUCUCUCAUUCCAGCCAGUUGUGCCCCUCCCCAAGGUCUGCCCCAAAUUUCUGCCCUUUGUGCCUCCCAUAAGUGUCCUUCCUUAUCUCUACCCUCUUUCAGUGAAAAGGCCCUUAUGAGUUCCAUUCACUGUUUGUAAUGACAAAAGUACCCCCCAAAAUCAGUCUUUUUCUUCCUCUCUCUCCCCCCUUCCCCCUUUGGAGAUGCAAAUAAACAGUGUGAACAGCCUG